GAGAGAGAGAGAGAGGGAGAGAGCCGAGCACACGCUGUAAAGCAGAUUAGAGCUGAGCGUCUCUCCCCUCUUCUCUUUCAGUCCUGCACUCCGCUCCAGACAAAACUGACCCGUGAGGAAAUGUACUGUCCAGCAAGGGAAACUCACAGUGGAGGAUUAAAGAGACACUGAUGGAGGACUGAAACCACUGAAAACCGCCUCCAUUGGAAGUGACCAAGACAUUAGCGAGGACACUGAUGGCCAUAAGAAGACAAGAACAUCCUUGGAUAUUAUUCCUAAUGGAUCUGAAUGCCUAUUCGACAGAAAGUGGAGAAAUGUACCGCUGCAAAGACAAAAUGCAUCUGGUGAGCUACUGAAAUCAAUCAAGGAAGGAUAAGAUCAUUCACUACAGUGGAGGUUAGUGGGGAUUAAGUGGAUGGCCAGUCGGAGGGGAAUAAUCAAAAGAAGCCGGCUUCUCAAACCAACAAACAUGCAGUGAUGUACUGCUGGCAGUCUGCUGAGCUUCAGGACAUGCCCCAGACCAAACUACUGAAUAACAUCAGAGCUGUGUAGUGGUUAUUAGACUGAAGUGCUGAAAUGGUCCAGCUUUCUAUUGUACUUUGCGGACUGAAGUGCUGAUGUGACAGCUGUAGGACGAGCAGCGGACUGGACUCUGUUACUAAUGGAUACAGAAGGACAUCGAGCUGAUGGUGCAGAGCAAGGCACAUUUCCUCUCUGAUGGAGCCCUGACACAUACUCAACACACUCUGGGCUAAAUGGAGGAGCGGGACCGCAGCCGCUCUCCGUCACGUAGGACCAGCAGAGUGGAGCAGGUGGUGGGACGCUGGCUACGUCGCUCCAGAGACUCCACCAGCAGAGAGCGACAGUUUGAAGAUGGACGUGCACCUGACUCCAGUCCUCAGGAACAAAGAAGUUGUCCAAUCAGAGUGACCACUCAAAUUCCAUUUGACUCCACCCUCGACUCCCACGGCUUCACGGUGUCCACACACACUCCACCCCAAGUGCAGGAGGUCACUGCAGGGGGUCCUGCAGAUGGCAAACUUUUACCUGGUGACCAGCUUGUUAAAAUCAACAACAUUGCUGUCGAAGACCUGUCCACUGAACAGGCUGCUGACAUCAUCAGGGAGUGUCAGGACGCAAUAACCAUGACAGUCCUCAGAAUAACAGUGGGGCCAAAGUCAUCCUUCAUAACCCCAGAGAAAAGAGCCAAGCUGAAAUCCAACCCGGUUAAGGUGCACUUCGCAGAGGAAGUGGUUGUCAACAGUCACUCACAGGGCAACUCUCUGCUGUUCCUGCCCAACGUUCUGAAGGUCUAUUUGGAAAACGGUCAGACCAAAGCCUUCAAAUUCGAACCCAAGACCACAGUUAAGGACAUAGUGAUGACUCUGAAAGACAAACUGUCCAUAUCCCGCAUUGAACACUUCUCUCUCAUGCUGGAACAACAGUACAGCAUCGCCAAACUGUUUCUGCUGCACGAAGAAGAGCUGAUUCAAGAGGUGGUCCAGAAGAAGGAGUCUCAUGACUAUCGGUGUCUGUUCCGUGUCUGCUUCAUGCCCAAAGAACCACAAGAAAUGCUGGAGGAAGAUCCUGUAGCCUUCGAGUAUCUCUAUUUGCAGAGUGUGAGUGAUGUUUUGCAGGAGAGGUUUGCUGUGGAGAUGAAGUGUAACACGGCUCUCAGAUUGGCAGCGCUGCACAUUCAGGAGAGACUUGCCAGCACCGGCCAGUCACCCAAAACACACCUAAAGACCAUCACGAAGGACUGGGGUAUUGAGAGCUUUGUGUCGAGUACCUUACUGAGGAACAUGCGAGAGAAAGACCUAAGGAAAGCCAUCAGUUACCACAUGAAGAAAAUUAUACAGGAACCCAAGCAGAAGGUGGUGACCAUAAACCAAGCCAGGUUAAAUUACCUGAACGAGAUGUGUGAACUCAAGUCUUAUGGGGGCAAAUCCUUCAGUGCCACCAUGAUGCUCCAGGACAGGGAGUCUAUGGUUAGUCUGUUGGUGGGGGCGCAGUAUGGAGUGAGUCAGGUGAUCAACCACAAGCUGAGUAUCCUGACCACGCUGACCGAGUUCAACAGCAUCACCAGAGUGGAACUCACGCCGGAGUCAGAGCGUGUUAGCCUCGUCAAAAUCUACCUGCAGGAUAUAAAGCCUAUAACUUUGCUGUUGGAGUCAGUGGCUGCUAAGGACUUGUCGUGCCUGAUAGCUGGUUACUACAAACUGUUGGUAGAUCCCCAGGUGUGCGUGUUCCCAUGGACAGCUAACUCAAAGAGCCACCGUAUAUCAGCAGAGGAAGGUUAUGUAUCACAAUGCGGCAGUGACUCUGAAGACUCGGACACAGAUAUGGAUGCUCUCCUUGCUCAUGUGGCUAAUGGUGCCCAGAGUGAUCAGCAGGUGGCAGCAGUCAGUCCGAGUGACAAGCCAGGUGUAGGGCAGGAGCAAGAAAAGACUGAAACAGAAAACGAAGACAAGGAGGACAAACAGGGUGAUGUGGCCAAUGGAACAUUUAGGAUGGAGAAUGUAAGAGUAGAAGAACAGACUGAAUCUGUGCAUUUAAAUGAAGGAGAGAUGGCAAAAAGCAAGGAAGAAAGGAACUUAGCAGAGAACAAGGACACAGAACAAGAGGAGAAGAAGGCAAAGCCUCCAUGUGUUAUCAUCGUGGAGGACCCACCAUCUGAGGCAUCAGAUUCAUGCCAGACAGACUCUCGUUUCCUAACCAGCAUGUCCAGUGACUCUAUGGAUGCCCUUGAAGAGGAUGACCUUUUGACCUAUUGCUCCACCAGCUGUCCCAGCCACCUGGAUAUGGGAGACCACUGCUUUCAUCCUGAUCCAUCCCCUCUACCGGCAGGUACAAAGCAACUGCAUUGCCAAGACAAUGAGCUGUGUUCUACUGAUUUUGAUGGGGACAGCGAUCCAUUCGUAUGUUUUGCUGCUCUGUCCAACAUUGCAGAAUGUCUACCCAGUCCCCCUGAGGCCAGUGAAGAUGAGGAUUAUGAUGACCAAGGAGGUGAAGUAGAUGGACAAAGGCUGGAGGCAUCAGAAGAAGGUUCUGAAAGUGUGUUUACAUUUGAGCAGGGAGAUCCACGAUGCUACUACAACAUCUGCUCUAAUGUGACACCUGAUAGCGCCCGAAGCCUCCCUAGACCUCCCACUCCUCCCGUCUCUCAGAAAGAAGAAAAUGAAAACAGACAAGAGUUGGAGAGGGAGCCUGUGCCCAUCCUUCAGCCUCCUCCUGGUUUUGGAGACAGCAGCUCAGAUGAUGAGUUCUUUGAUGCCCAGGAGAGAUUCACAUCCCCUGAGGAACCUUUGUCUGCAGCUAUAACUAGAGAAAAUUCUACAGAAUUGAACACGAUGAAGCGUACACUGAGUCUAAGUGACAUCGGGAUCAGUUUUGGUGAACAAGGGAUGACUGAGGGAGAGAAUACAGGAGAGCAGGAGGAAGAACUACAGGUGGAGUUAGAAAAUGAACUGUCAAGAUUCCGCAAGAGAUCCAGAAAACGCCGUUCAUUCAUGGAAACAGAUUACACCUCUUUAGUAUCAUUCCCUGAAGAAGAUCAAACAAAUAGUUACAAUCAAAUUCCAAAUCACAAGUCAGGACCUGACAAAAAGGGAGAAGGUCUGAUCUCUCACUUCAAUGGUGGCUUAUCAGAUCAAAGCUCCUGCCCUACAGUUUCAUCCCUAACCAAUGCUGAAGGGGAGCCAGCACAACUAGAGUCCAAACCCAUCACGCCAUCUAAACCAAGUAGGCCUGGAACCCAGCAUCUCCUGGAUGGCAACAGAAUCAGUAAGGCCAGUCAGCGGAAACAGCAGCUUAUGUUAAUGGAACCAGAUUCCAUGGAGUUUAAGUCUGUCACUGAACUCAUGCCUAAUGCCUCGCCUGCUAUUGUAGCAUCCCGCAGCUGUGCAGAGCCUAAAGCCAAAGAGAACAAUGUCAAAAGUGCUGAUAUGGGAGAAGAAGGUGCAGUGGGAAAUUUGGUUAAAGGAUUUCUUGCUGAUCAUUUGUUCUUUGCUACAUCUAGAAGGGAAGAGUCUGACAACACUUUACAUUUGAAAACAAAUGACCAAGAGUCCUUCAUAGAGGGUCUAUCCAAAGACACUUUGGACAAGCUAAAGACUUGCUCACUUCCUCAGCUGGGCCAAACAUCCCUGUCUAGCUCACUAUACUUACAAGUCCCAACCAUAUCCUGUACCCCAAGUCCAGAUGAUGACCAGGAUGAAGAAAGUCUGGAAAUGGGUAUUCUGAAAAACCCAGUAGAGAGAAGCAGAAGCCAGAGCAUGUCUGCUGCAUUUGGUAGAAGGGCUCCUCUUUGCUCACCAAGGCGCCUUUUGCCUCAAAGGGAACCUCUUGUCCGCACAAAAGAGACAGAAUCUGAUGACACUGACAGUUCUAGUGAUCCAUCUAUCCAAGAAUUGUCCUCCAGUGUUCCAUCCAUGGAGCCCACACCAGGUUACUUAUUUGCACCAUGUUCCUCUGGCAUCCUUGGUCGCCUUUCUGCUUCAACACUGCGGGGAAAGAUUCAGAACUUGCCCCUCUACCUGUCACGCUCCCAGGAAGUUCUAGAUGGUGAUGCUUGUGUUGGUGACAAUGCUAAACUAGCAAGAAGAUUUUCUGAAACACGGCCGAGGAGAAAAGAUGUGGAUAUUGUGGAAGAAGAAACCAACAAUGUGACCUCAACUGGCACGUCUGAGGUAACUGAGGUAAAAGUUGUUACUAUAGUAUCUGAAGAAGUCACAGAGGUGAUCGAAGAGGUCAGGGAAUUAAGCCACGCAAAUCACCACGUGCAUGGACAGCAGAAAACAAAAACUGAACCUCAAGAAUCUCUUCAACCAUCCAACUCACAUUUGUGCCCACAACCAGUGGCACCUUUCAAGAUCAGCCCUUCAUCUGUGGUGGUUACUACUCAAAACUUGAAUGGACCAUGGGGUGUGGUCACAUCACGAGAGAUCAGCCCCCUUGGGGAUGGACAAUCACAUCUUCUGACCUCUGGCUGUGGGGUUUUCACAAACUGUGAAUCCAAGCCCACCAACACCCAGCCCAAAGCACUUCCCAGCCCAUGCCCACAUGGGAAACCUGAUCUUAGCUGCAGCUCGGCCCUUGCCAUGGGGUGUGAGACAGUUAUGGAAGGUGCUCAAACACCCUUGGAAGUUUGUGGAUGUCAGGCAGUAUACACAAACUGCUUCAGCGGUGUUCUUGACAGUGGGGGCUUUGAUGAUGAACUGACUGUCUAUGAGUUCUCUUGUAGGACACAACAGGGAGAGAAUGAUCAGGCAUCACCUAUGACAUCUAUCCCUCCUUCGUCCCUCUCUGGUUCACCUUCCUCUUUUUCUCCAUCCUCACCCCUUCCUUCCUUUCCUCAUGUGGUCCUGCCACCAUCCUCUUCGGCAGAACUUGGUCCCCUUCUGUCUCCCCUGCAUGUCCCUGACUGCUUCCUUCCUGAUCCUCAUGAAGAUGCUAUUGCUGGCCUACUGUCCCGGCGCUACCCAUUACCAUCCACAGGCUUCCUGGCACUGCAGAGAGACAUUGGCAUGCUAUUAGCUGUCCUGGCUGGAGCUAUGAAGGACCAGGACAGUGUCCAGGAGCACCCCAAAGACACCUGUGCAGCUCACUUCUCUGAAAAUAAACGGAGGUUGCACACAGAGGCCCGAGCGCUUCUGGCUGGCUGUCAGCAAGUGGUAAGGGUCGGGCAAACCCCAGCGGAAACACUGCAUGCGCUAGCUGAUAGUUUUCAUUCACUUGUGCAGUUGACGAGUGUAUGCCUGAGCUUCUCAAGCUGCCAGAGAUGCCAGGAGCGCCACACCCAAGCUCUGUCAGGACUUGCAGAUCUGAUACAGACCUACCAGGAAUUUGCACGGGCAGCAGAGCGUGUGGGCACCGCAACCGGAAAAAGGACUUGCCAUGAUCUCAAUAUUAAGCUCCUGGCUCGCCAGUGCACAGCACUCACGACUUCAGUCUUCUGCCUCACACAACUCUUCCGCACACUCACUGCCCUUUGACCACUGAACUACAAAAUCAGAGCUUUUCUUGUGGCCAUCUGACCCCAAGACAACACCCCCUUUUACAUAUGAAUGGAAUCCUGCCAAAUCUGAAUUUCAUACAGUUGAGGUGUGAUAUGGAAAUAGACAUUUUGCAAUGGUAACCUAACAUCUCCAACAGAUGAGCACCUGCAAACAGACAUGCAAAAUGAGCAUGGCUGAGACAUAUAAUAUGUCAAGGCUCACUGUUCAUGACACAGGCACAGACAUGCACUGACAAUUGCUAGACUGAAAACUGCUUGUGUUCUUCCUUUGUCAGUAUUUAAAUUUCCAUUUGAAUGUACUGCAAUUCUUAUUAUGCACUUCUUAUGUACUUUAGUAUGUUAGUAGUGUUUUCUUGAGAAUGAAUAGGUAACGUUUUGGGUAGCAGAGAUACUGUAUCACGUGAAGCUUAGUGCUUUUUCCGCUUCUCAUUUUUUACACACAUUGCAGUGGAUAAACAGGCACAGGCACAGGACCUCAGCAGCUCGUUAUUUUUCUUCUUACCUCUGUCCCUGUCCCUCUCCGUUUCAUACACAUGCACACCUGCUUCUGUGUCAAACUUUAUGAAAUAUGCUGUUCCUUUAUUUUGCUUGUUUCCAUUCCCAAUGGCACAUUCACCAGAGCAGAAUGAACAAAACUCAGAGUGAUGCAUACUGAUAAUUAUGUGUUUCAGUGGCCAGUAAGUAUACUGUGUAUAUAUUGGUACAGUAUAUGAAUAACUGUGUUGUACUUUAUGAAGUUACCUUUUAUAGAUGAGUAGCCUUUUUCAAGAUGGAUUUCAGCUGCUUUUUCUAUGACUUGAAUUUUCAAAGGCUGUGUUGUAGAUGUGCUAUGAAUAGCCAUUUUUACCAUAGAAAUAUCAGGUCUGUUUUUUUUUGUUGUUGUUGUUGUUGUUUUGUUUUUUGAAGUUCCAUUUCAUAGAAAUUGCAUACUAGUUUUAUAUUUAUAUUAAUCUUCAAGGUGUGAAAUGAGGUCCUGGUGUGGGGGGUCUGGGGUUCCCAAUUAACAUCUUGGACCUCCUGAAUGUCUCAAAAUCUAAAUACUAGAGGGUCUCUGAAAGUAAACCUAUUAUGACAUUAUGCUGUCAUUUGUUGUUGUUUAACCUGCUUCUUUUACAGUCAGCAAGCUUCUGUCUUUGGUAUUCUGAACUGACUAGAGAUGGAACACUGGUCUGCUUCAAGGUGGAGCUGUAGCAAACUGGUUCACCCAGUUGGUUUCUCAUACCCUAGCAGCUGUAACUAUACCUGGGAUACCUCUGAAAAACGUACAAUAAAACCUGCCCAAUUUUCCCAAGAGACUGUUAGAAAGAGUGAAUUGAACCUAGCCUCAGCGGCUUGUCAACAGCCUACCAACGCCGGUUUAGCGGGCCAACGUGGGACCUCUCAAAUACCAGGAGGUAUUUCGGAUACUGUUUAUUUUACAAAGAUUAUCCACAACCAUACGUUCCUGCUACAGAUCAGCUCUGCAUUUAUUUAUUAUUUUCUUUGCUAUGUGGUAAAGUUUACUUUAUCUGGUUGUGUUUUGAUCCAUGAAUACUUACAUUUUGAACAUAGGUUCAUGUGCUUCAAGCACCUGUUAGUUUUUACCGUUAUAUUUAAUUCACAAGACUGUCUGCGACCACAAGCUCCUACUGCGUUGUGACAUCGCAUGCAUCUGCACUGUGACAUCAUACUUGGCAUAUAUACAUUAAAUUGUUCUCGUUGCUGUGUGAUAAAGUUCAGUUUAACUGGUGUUGUUUUGGUAAAUGACACUCAGGCACCCAGUAGUUAUAAUUCUUUUUGUUCUUUUUCACAAAGACCGACCACAAAUACCCAAAGAUCUACUCCUGCUGCAAUUCAACUCUGCGUUGUGACGUCACACGCACCCUGCAUUGUGACGUCACACGCAACCUGCAUUGUGACGUCACACGCACCCUGCAUUGUGACGUCACAUCCAUCCUACAAAGCACAUAAACUGUAAUUAGUUUCUUUGCUAUGUGGUACAGUUUAUUUUGGUUUUGUUUUGGCCAAUUAAUGGUCACUUACAUACUUGUUGAUGUGCUUCGGUACUGUAAAGGGAGUAAUCGUGACUAGGUUGCCUGUAGCGUCUGAGAGCCUGUCAGACGUUUUGGAGAACAGACUGUGGAAAUCAAUGUUGAUCAUCCUUUCUCUUCUAAUGGUGUGGAUCUGAUAGGAGUGGAGGAACGAAAUUUUAUCAUGGACACCUUCAUACCACGUUAGUGUCAAAUGACUUUCCAUACAGGUGUGUGGACAUAACUGGAAGCUGCUGUGCACCGACCCUAUCAGGCAUGCUGCAAACCAUACACACACUGGUCUUUACCAAAUACAACCGGGACUGGAGGAAUGCAUGCAGAAACAAAAGCAUGAUCUGACUGAGUGGCCGACGAUGGCGAGCGGAUGAGCCAGUGGCUAACUGGAUGACUGAAGAAAUGAAUGGAUGAAUGUAGAGAUGAUGAAUUGCAGUCUCUUGCUUUGUAAUGCAGUAUUCACUCUAUUAAAAUGAGACUCGAAAUGA